UGUUUCCGGUGGGACAGAUCUUUGAACAUCCCUUUAGGCGGGCUUUUUCCUUAUGCGCUCUCAUUCCCUUCAAAAUUUACUCCUCUCUUCUUCCUUCUCUCGCACUUUUCUUUUCAUUUUCACUCUCAAUGGCUACUCCCACCGAAUCCUCCCUCCUCUCCGAUCUCCAAACCUCCGAUGACUCGAAAGGCAUCCACUCACUGGUCUCCGACUACCUCCGCCCUAUCUCCACUCUCGCAAACUCCAAGAAGAAGAAACCUGACCAAGCCGCCGUCCGCUCCCUCGCCAAACAGUUCUUGUCCUUUCUUUCCAAAUCCUUCCCAAUAAUAUACAAGCGUAUCUACAUACAAAACUCUAAUCAACAACAACAAGCCUCUCUUAGUUAUUUCUUCGAGACUUACCGACUUUGCAUAACUUGUCUCGAGUUCGUCUCCUCGCAGUUAGCCGGCGGUGCGCACUUGGUUCAGAUCCAGAGAUUGAAGCUCGUAUACUGUUUGCAAUCGUGGGGCCGAUACGAUGAGGCAGAAAGCGAAGCACUUAGGGUUUUGGAGAGGCUUAGAGGGGAAGUCAAGUCUAAAGGUAAAUUUGUUCCGGGUAUUGAUAUUGCUGGUGGUGAUUCGAAGUUUGGAUCUAUUGUGAUCGAGGCGGUGGCGUCUGUAGUGAAAAGCGUGGCCAUGGGACACUGUAAAGAUUCCGGGAAAUAUGAAAGAGUUCUUGCUUUGUUGGUGCAAGUGAGGCCUUGGUGCAGGGCAUUAGAAGCAGAUGUUGUUGAGAAGUCGCACAAUGUGCUUGUUACUUUUCUGGGUAGAUGCUGCCGGUUUUUGAUUGAGGAGAUUAAUCAUUUUGGCGAGGAGUUGAUUCGAGGGUUCUGCAAUGAAUGUUUGACCGAGUAUGCAAGGUCAAUGAUGAAGGAUCAAGUUUUCAAGUUUGCCCGCAGAAUAUGUUCCUCAUUGUUCUCGCUAGAGAGAACUGAUAGCUCAGUUCAAAUUGACUUAGUAACGUUUUUGUUAGUCUCCAUUUCCCGUGAAUGCAAGGUUGAUAUAGAUAAUAAUGCAAUGGAGUUUGUUGAGCUUGUUGAUUAUUGUGCCAAUAAAUGUAGAGAUGCUGGCACAACUUUCUGUAGUACUCUUGCAAAACGUUUAAAUGACAUGGCAGGUGAUUUUCAUCAGGCUACAAUCCCUGUUGAUCUAAUACUGAGGCUUUAUGCAACCGCGCUAGAUUUAUCUGUGCACAAUGUUAAGCUGAAAUAUAAUGAUUGUACCACUUCCAAAGGUGUAGAAGAUGAUGCAGCUAUUGAUGUUUUGUUUCUUGAAAGGGAUAAGCUGCACAAUUUGUCUGGUUUACUUGGAAAUUGCUGUAACAUUGGUAAAAGUGACCCUAGCAUUGCAUCUGAUGUUGAAUGCAAAAAUUCUCUGGCUUGCCAAGACAAAAAGGCUUGUCUAGUGAUGUACUAUAAUACACUGAAGUUCUUGUGUCAGCCACUUGCUGAACUAGUAAAUUCAGAGAAAAAACGCAUACUUGCUCAAAAUGAAGCCUCAUCUGAUUCUAGCAGCCUCUGCAUUAUCCAGGACGCUUUUUAUCAGUUCUGUGAUAGUUUCUUUUCUCUUGAGAGCUGUGCAUCUGAAACAAAGAGAGAAGGAUUUGAUGAUGGUGAAGUGUUAGUACCUAGUAUAAUUGUGGCGGGGUUCAUUCUUUCCACCUGUACUAAGCGUAAAAUUCCGAAGAGUGUGUGCUACAUUAAGCAAAUAAUUGGCAGUGGUAGGAUUCAAUCUCAAGGGCUAAAAUUUGUCUAUGUCUCUCUGUAUAAUAUUGGUGUUCUUAUGUACAGAAGCAAGCAAAUUAAAGAGGCUUUGAAGGCUUUAAAACUUUCUCAUAGAGCAUCAUGGACUAAUAUUCAACUUCUCCGUGAGAUGUUUAUUCAUAAGAAAAGUUCUGGUGAUCAUCUAUCGGAAGAUGUUGUCAGAGAUUUGGUAACUGAUGCAUGUACUAGAAGUGCAUUUCUUUUGGAAGUUCUCCAUGCAUGUGGAAAUCUUAAGGUGGAAAAAAUUAUUGUGGAGAGCCUUGAAAACUGGUCUGCGCUUGAAAAUUUGUUUAGACAGUUGUCAGGUCCUAUGCCUUUGAUAAAGCAAUGGGUUAAGAUACAGUGCAAACUUCAUAAAAACAAGGAUUUAGAGGAUAGUGCUCCAACUUUAUGUUGUAUGCUGUUGUCUUCGGAAGUGUCAAAGAUGGCGAUUUGCAAAAUUUUAGAGCAGGAGCUUCUUGCGUAUCAAGAAAUGACUCAUGGGUACCCAGAUUUUUGUCAGAGAAUGCAAAUUAAAGUUAUUGAUUUACUUCUGCAAGAUGCUUAUGCCAUGGAAGAUAGUCCUUUACUGAAAGCAAGGAUGUUAAUUAGAAAGGGGAGAACAAUAAGGGCCAAUGGGAUUGAAGCUUUGAAUGACUGUAUUUGGUGCUUGUCUGAAGCUAUAUCUAUUAUGAAAAACUUCUAUACUGAAACAAGUAUUGCUGGAACUCCAGCCUGCCAUCAGUUAGCUGCUGCUCAUUGUUUACUUGCACUAUGUACUCAGGAAGCUGAACCAAACUCAGAGCAGCUUUAUCAAGAUAUCUAUGCUGCCUUGGAUCUUUGGUUGAGCAUAUUCAUUCCUGAUAGUUGUUUUGUGGAUGACGAGUUCAAAAUGGUGUCCGGAAAUACACUGCAACUUCUAUAUAAUGUACUUGAUUUGCUAUCAGUGAAGGGUUACACGAAAUUACACAGUAACAUAUAUAAACUGAUAAUUAGAAUAUACAAACUAAACAAUGUAGAACUUGGGAAAUGUGUGGCCAACCUUUGGGAAUGUAGGCGGCUUAGCCAUGCACUCUGUGUUUCUCCAGUAAAUGAGUCAUUCAUCACAAACUUAUCAGAGCAUUGCGGUGGAAGUUCCAAAUCUGUUGACUUCUGGAUGCAUAGUCUAAGUGGAUCCCAACCAGGGCUUCUUGGGUUCCAACAGAACCUCACAUGUUUCUUUAACAAUUUCAAUCAUGGCUUAAAAAAUCAUGAAAGCCAUACACAAUCAGCUGUCUCAGCUAACAAUGUAAAUCUGGUUGCUUCUGAACUCAUUGCGAGUGAUCCUGUCGUAGUCAUUCUCUCUUCCUUGCGGGGUCUUUCAUAUGCAAAAGAAGCUUUUCGAUUGCGGAGUCAACUUUUCAAAAGAAAAUUUACAUUCUCAAUUGAGGCGCUGGUUGAGAAAUACAACGAAUCUGGUGACAUUGGUGAAAUUGCCCAGACAGCCAUAAAUGGUCCUAAGAAUCUUCAAGUGCACAGAAUAGUUGCUAGUGAACUUUGGUCUUUUGACAGUAAUUCAUCAAACCUAUGUGGCUGUUAUCUUAGUCCGUGGAAUGUACUUGAAUGUUAUCUUGAAAGCAUUCUUCAGGUUGGAUGUAUUAAUGAAAUGAUUGGAAAUGGGGUUGAGGCUGAAUCUUUCCUAUUAUGGGGAAAAAGUAUCUCCUGUUCACAGAACUUACCACUAUUUGAAGCUACUUUUUCUUCUAUCUUGGGGAAAUUAUAUCGAAAGAAACGACUCUGGAAUUUUGCAGAGCAGGAACUGCAAAGUGCCAAAAGAAUUCUGGUGGACAGCAGCAGCCAUUGUUCCUGCAUAAGAUGCCUAUUGAUGCUGGAAGCUAAUCUUGACCAGCAACUUGGUGAUUUGUUCCGUAAUCUUUUUGAUAUUUCUAUCAUAAAUGAUUCGACAGGAAAUUAUCUCAUGCUGAAAAGCAAGCAAAUUAAAGAGGUACUUAAUUCCUUGAAACUUGUGAAUGUUAAGGUUAUGGCUUUGAAGGCUUUAAAACUUUCUCAUAGAGCAUCAUGGACUAAUAUUCAACUUCUCCGUGAGAUGUUUAUUCAUAAGAAAAGUUCUGGUGAUCAUCUAUCGGAAGAUGUUGUCAGAGAUUUGGUAACUGAUGCAUGUACUAGAAGUGCAUUUCUUUUGGAAGUUCUCCAUGCAUGUGGAAAUCUUAAGGUGGAAAAAAUUAUUGUGGAGAGCCUUGAAAACUGGUCUGCGCUUGAAAAUUUGUUUAGACAGUUGUCAGGUCCUAUGCCUUUGAUAAAGCAAUGGGUUAAGAUACAGUGCAAACUUCAUAAAAACAAGGAUUUAGAGGAUAGUGCUCCAACUUUAUGUUGUAUGCUGUUGUCUUCUGCGGAAGUGUCAAAGAUGGCGAUUUGCAAAAUUUUAGAGCAGGAGCUUCUUGCGUAUCAAGAAAUGACUCAUGGGUACCCAGAUUUUUGUCAGAGAAUGCAAAUUAAAGUUAUUGAUUUACUUCUGCAAGAUGCUUAUGCCAUGGAAGAUAGUCCUUUACUGAAAGCAAGGAUGUUAAUUAGAAAGGGGAGAACAAUAAGGGCCAAUGGGAUUGAAGCUUUGAAUGACUGUAUUUGGUGCUUGUCUGAAGCUAUAUCUAUUAUGAAAAACUUCUAUACUGAAACAAGUAUUGCUGGAACUCCAGCCUGCCAUCAGUUAGCUGCUGCUCAUUGUUUACUUGCACUAUGUACUCAGGAAGCUGAACCAAACUCAGAGCAGCUUUAUCAAGAUAUCUAUGCUGCCUUGGAUCUUUGGUUGAGCAUAUUCAUUCCUGAUAGUUGUUUUGUGGAUGACGAGUUCAAAAUGGUGUCCGGAAAUACACUGCAACUUCUAUAUAAUGUACUUGAUUUGCUAUCAGUGAAGGAUCCUGUGCGUAGUCAUUCUCUCUUCCUUGCGGGGUAUCUCUACUAUGAUUUGUGUGAAAGACAGAUUUGCCGUGGACGAUUAUUUGAGGGUCUUUCAUAUGCAAAAGAAGCUUUUCGAUUGCGGAGUCAACUUUUCAAAAGAAAAUUUACAUUCUCAAUUGAGGCGCUGGUUGAGAAAUACAACGAAUCUGGUGACAUUGGUGAAAUUGCCCAGACAGCCAUAAAUGGUCCUAAGAAUCUUCAAGUGCACAGAAUAGUUGCUAGUGAACUUUGGUCUUUUGACAGUAAUUCAUCAAACCUAUGUGGCUGUUAUCUUAGUCCGUGGAAUGUACUUGAAUGUUAUCUUGAAAGCAUUCUUCAGGUUGGAUGUAUUAAUGAAAUGAUUGGAAAUGGGGUUGAGGCUGAAUCUUUCCUAUUAUGGGGAAGUAUCUCCUGUUCACAGAACUUACCACUAUUUGAAGCUACUUUUCUUUCUAUCUUGGGGAAAUUAUAUCGAAAGAAACGACUCUGGAAUUUUGCAGAGCAGGAACUGCAAAGUGCCAAAAGAAUUCUGGUGGACAGCAGCAGCCAUUGUUCCUGCAUAAGAUGCCUAUUGAUGCUGGAAGCUAAUCUUGACCAGCAACUUGGUGAUUUGUUCCGUAAUCUUUUUGAUAUUUCUAUCAUAAAUGAUUCGACAGGGAAAUUAUCUCAUGCUGAAGUUCUGUAUAAAUCGGCCCUUGAGAAAUUAAAUUGUUCCGAGUGGAAAAAUAUCAUUUGCGAUGCAGAAAGUAAUGUGGAUCUGGCAGUCAGAAAUACUAUAAUAAAUGGUGAAGAUGUUGCUGGCAAUGCUGCUACUCAGCCAGAGGCAAUAGGUGCUAGAAAGGGUAGGAAAACGAAGAAUGUAUCCAAAUCUGUGGUGAAGGAGCAACAUGUGAUACCCGAACGAAGAAGUUCAAGGGUAACUCGCUCUAGAUUUCGAUCAUCUCAAAACCAAAGCACAACCUGUACUGGUGAAGCACAAAUUGAGAUUUCGAAACAUUCAAAUGGUAAUGUUGCAUCCAAACUCUCUGACACCUGUUGGGAAAAGGACUCCUCGCUCUUGGGUAAAGGAAGCUGUAUGGAGGAAUUGACAAGUGAAAUUACAUGCUUUUGUAACCAAACAAAGUGUUGGCAGUGCCUUCCUGCUGAGGUUAUGAAAUCUGGGUUACUGAUCUACUUCAUAAAUAUGAAAUGGGAGUAUGCCCACAGGAAACUCUUGGUGAGGAUACUUACUGGUACAGGAAAAUGCUUGGGGUAUGGUGAUCCAACUCAUGAGAUACACGAAGUUGUUUGGCAAAGCAUAUCUGUCCUAGUCAGCAGAAAUGCAUAUACUCAGACUUGUUCCUCUUCUCACAGAACUUUCUUGCUUGAUUUGAUUGGGAGGGAAACCGUGGGAGAUACUUUCGCUAUUGAACGUGCAGCUAUCCUAUACAGAAUAGGCUGGAUGACUCUGAAGGGUUUCCAUUCUAAAGUUGCCAGGAUCGAUUGCUGUGAUCUUUCCAAAGUUCAGUUAUCAAAAACAGUACACUGGUUGAAGCUAGCCUUUGUACUCAGCCGUGAGGUUCCAGUUUCCAGACUGCUUUCUGCAAUAUAUCUGCUUUCUGCAACUAGUGAGCACUUUGCUUUGCCAUCUUGCAAAGCACUCUCUGAAAGUCAUUGGGCUUCAUAUUUUCAUCAAGCUUCACUUGGGACUCAUCUUAAUAACCAGUUCUUCCCUAGUCCUUCUGGGAGAUUGAAUGCUCAACGCUUUGUAGAUUCUGGGGUGAGGAUACUUACUGGUACAGGAAAAUGCUUGGGGUAUGGUGAUCCAACUCAUGAGAUACACGAAGUUGUUUGGCAAAGCAUAUCUGUCCUAGUCAGCAGAAAUGCAUAUACUCAGACUUGUUCCUCUUCUCACAGAACUUUCUUGCUUGAUUUGAUUGGGAGGGAAACCGUGGGAGAUACUUUCGCUAUUGAACGUGCAGCUAUCCUAUACAGAAUAGGCUGGAUGACUCUGAAGGGUUUCCAUUCUAAAGUUGCCAGGAUCGAUUGCUGUGAUCUUUCCAAAGUUCAGUUAUCAAAAACAGUACACUGGUUGAAGCUAGCCUUUGUACUCAGCCGUGAGGUUCCAGUUUCCAGACUGCUUUCUGCAAUAUAUCUGCUUUCUGCAACUAGUGAGCACUUUGCUUUGCCAUCUUGCAAAGCACUCUCUGAAAGUCAUUGGGCUUCAUAUUUUCAUCAAGCUUCACUUGGGACUCAUCUUAAUAACCAGUUCUUCCCUAGUCCUUCUGGGAGAUUGAAUGCUCAACGCUUUGUAGAUUCUGGGGACUUGAAUGGGGUUGUUUCAUCUUGCGCACAUACAGAGACAUCCACACUGUUAAGGCUUGCCCCCGAGUCAGUCAAUGAUCUUGAACAAUUUGUGAUGAACUUUUAUGUGGGCCUUCCUGCCACUGCCAUCAUAUGUAUAAGUUUGCUCGGUCAUGAUUAUACCAAUUUAUUGCAAGAAUUGCUACUUGACCCAUCUUCCAUUCAUGCAUGGAUGCUAUUGUCACGGUUGAAUUCUAAGAAUCAACCUGUUGUUUUGCUUUUGCCUCUGGAUUCAGUUUUAGAAGAAGUUUCAGAUGAUGCUGCUCCUAAUGAUGAUAAUGCAAGGGCUUGUCAGGAAUUGCGCCAGCUGAUGAAUUCAGGUAAAAAGUGGCAUUGUCCAUGGGGUUCCGCUGUGGUUGAUAAUGUUGCUCCGGCAUUUAAAAUGAUAUUGGAAGAGAACUUCAUGACAUCUUCCGGCUGUCCUUUAGAAGAUACAAAAAGUACUAGGUCUUUGUGGUGGAUGGUUAGAAAAAAGGUUGAUCACCAACUUGGUAAACUGUUGAGUAAUUUAGAAGAUUCAUGGUUGGGUCCAUGGAGGCAUGUGCUUCUUGGGGACUGCUUGGACUGCAGAAGCUUGAACACAGUGCAUAAGAAGCUGGUGCAGGAUCUGAAAUCUAAAUGCAAAAUGAACAUAAAUGAGAGUUACCUUAAACUCGUUCUUGGAGCUGCAAAGUUUGACAUUGAAGAAGCAUGCCUUUCACAGAGGUGUUUAAGAAAAGGAUGCUACACUGGCAAGCUUGAACAUCACGAACAAGAAAAUUCUCAGUCUAAUGGCAUUGAUGAUGUGUCUGCAUUGGCCUCUCAACUAAUACGUGAAGCAGUGAAUGAGCUUCAUAUGGAGGAUGCCAUCUGUAGGGAACCGAUAAUUUUGGUGUUGGACUUGGAUGUCCAGAUGCUUCCAUGGGAAAGUAUACCAAUACUAAGACAGCAGGAGGUUUAUCGAAUGCCUUCUGUAGGCAGUAUCUCUUUCAUACUUGAGAGAAGUCAGCAAUAUCAUGAGCUAGCUUGUACAAAUGCUGCCGCUUUUCCUCUGAUAGAUCCCUUGGAUGCCUUUUAUUUGUUAAAUCCCAGUGGAGACCUUAGUGGCACACAAGCUGAAUUUGAGAACUGGUUUAGGGAUCAAAAUUUUGAGGGAAAGGCUGGAACUGUGCCAACAGCUGAAGAACUGGCUACAGCCUUGAAAAACCAUGACCUUUACUUAUAUUUUGGCCAUGGAAGUGGGGAGCAGUAUCUUUCCAAAGAUGAGAUUCAGGGACUGGAGAAGUGCGCUGCCACCGUGCUAAUGGGUUGCAGUAGUGGCUCACUGAGGCUUAAUGGAUGCUAUGUGCCGCGAGGUGUUUCGCUAUCCUAUAUACAAGCUGGUUCUCCAGUUACUAUUGCCAACUUGUGGGAAGUGACAGACAAGGACAUUGACCGUUUCGGGAAGGCCGUGCUUAAUGCAUGGUUGAGAGAAAGAAUGGAUCUAGUAGAUUGUUCCCAAUGCAACCAACUGGUAAAAGAAUUUGAGGCCAUGAAAAUUAAAGGCCGUAAAGGCAAUUCCAGAAAGAAAUCGGCAAGCAGUGAUUUAACUGAAACUGCAAACAGUGGUUCAUCGACGAAUGCAUGUGAGCACAGACCGACAGUAGGAUCAUUUGUUGGUAGGGCUCGAGAGAGUUGCACCCUCCCUUUCUUGAAUGGCGCGUCGCCAGUUUGUUAUGGUGUCCCAACAGGCAUUAUGAGAAAGAAAGAUUUGUAGCAAUUCCAAACAGACCACUCAAAUGUAGCUUAGAAGUUGUAUAAAUAUUUUAUUUCGGCUUACUACAUUAUUAUUUUUUGAAAUUACAAAAGAAAAUAAAAAAUCAUGUGAUAACUGAUAA